UGGUGCGCACCCAGUGCAGCUCGUUGCUCAUCACGCUUCCAAUAUGGCGGUGAAUCUCACAGACCUCUCCCUUCCUCAGUUGGAAGGAUUAAAAGGCCAACUGGACCAGGAGGUUGAGUUCCUGACGUCUUCCAUAAGUCAGCUGAAAAUUGCCCAGAACAAGUUUGUUGAAGCAAAAGACAGCUUAAGUGUCCUGAACCCAAACAAUAAGGGAAAAGAGUUGCUUGUGCCUCUCACCAGUUCUAUGUACGUUCCUGGAACGUUAAAUGACGUGGAACAUGUCUUAGUGGAUGUGGGGACUGGAUAUUAUGUUGAAAAGAAUGUGGAGAACUCAAAGGCAUUCUUCAAGCGUAAAAUAGACUUCCUCACUAAGCAGAUAGAGAAAAUUCAGCCAGCUCUUCAAGAGAAACACGCUAUGAAACAAGCGGUCAUUGAAGUAAUGAAUCUGAAGAUCCAGCAAUUACAACAGAGUCAACAGGCAUCACAGAUGGUUGGAAACACAAAGGCCUGAUGGGAACAACUGUUUGAGCUAUUCAGGAUUAGAGAGCUUUUUUUAAGUUUGCCUUCACAAGAUGAUGCAAAAUGCAGAAAUCAUGUUUGAAGUGUAGGUUGGUGGGUACAUGGGCGACUCCCUGUGUACUUGCAGAAAUUUAAAUAAAAAUUUGUUGUCAACUUUACUCAUUAAAGCUAGUUAAGUCUGGGUUAAAAAAA